UUUGUCCUAAAUCUUGGGAAUAUGUGAAACCCUCGGACGUUGGUCUAUAAAUGGGCAAUAAAUUGGGAAGACAGUCCGGAAGGUGAGCCGGACCAACCUUCCCCUGUUGAUUUUGUUAGGGGUAACUUGGGGAAUAGUUGUGUUGAACCAUUUUGGCAAAAUGUAUGUGAAAGAGCAGCCCAAUUACAUAUUUCAGGACUGGGGGCCUCGGGACCCUGUUCUGAGGAACAAUGGGAGGAGGUUAGAAAAAUUUGCGGCAUGCACAAAAAACACAACUAUCCACCGAGUACCCACAAUCAGGAAUAUAUGAGAAAUUGUUAUAAAAAAUGGAAAAAGGCAAUGGUUGUGUAUAAAAAGAAAUUGACUACUCCAGCCCCACCAAAAAUGAAAGACAAUCCGUUAGACACAGUUAAUACCUUCCCUCCCCCCUUCCCCCCACAGCCCUCUCCACUCCCUUCACCCCCCACAUUAUCUUCCUCCCUUCCCCCGCCGCGCCCACCCCCAUAUAUGCUAAUCAAAGACAGCGAAGUUCCCAAAUCAAUAUAUCCCUCACUUGACAGUAACACGCUUGCUGCAGUCUUGUACAUAGGGGCAGAUGGGGACAAUAAGGAAGAAUGGGAAAGACAGCAGAAAAUAAAAGAGAGAGAGUUGGAACUAAAAGAAAUAAAUAAGAGAAGAGAGACAGAGGAGGAAGAGUUAAGAAAAAGGGAAGAAAGGCUAGGACGGGAACAAGAAAAGCUAAAGCAAAUACAGGAGCUGGAAGAUAGAAUACAGAAGGAAAAGGAAAUGUUGGCAGACAUAGAGAGGGAGAAAAAACGAAGGAAGGAACAGGAAAGGGAGGAGGAGGAAGAAAAGAAGAGAAAAGUGAGAGAGCAGCAAAAGGAAGAAGAAGAGGAGAGUAUAAGAAGGUUACAUGCUCUAAAUGAAAGGAAAAUUCAGAUACAGAUGGAGGAGACACAGUUAAAAGAACAGGUUGAGCGAGUCAAGGAACUAGCCCAAACCCUAGAAGAGCAAAGAAAGCAAACAGCACAGGAAAAAGCAACCCUAAAGCAACAAGCAAAAAUUGAGGAAAUGGCCCGCACACUCCAACUUAUAGAGGAUGAGAGCCAUAUUACCACCCGCUCGAGAACGGACCAUCUCAAAACACACCCACACACAGAAUCUAAUACUGACCUGGGUUUAAGUGGUAAAUACCCCCUUAUCACAAUGGGCACGACUGAAAUACAGGUUCCCCUCCCCCUGGGCACAAUAAAAGAUAUCAGAGAUUUAUGUCCCAAGCCCCAGAAACACCCGAUGGAGGUAGCACUCUUCUUAGAAAGGCACUGUACAGGUUGCAGGAUGAGUGAGGAAGAUUGUCAAAUCAUUAUACAAGCUGUGGACCCAGACCCUAUCACUUCCAUUGAUGUGUCCACGCUUUUCUCAGAAUCACAACCCUACAAAAAAACGGGGGGAUGGAAAGAGUUUUGGACCUCUGUGGGGUCUGCCUGGCAAAAGGUUUAUAAAAAUCAGUCCGGCAUACAGACUAUGAUGUCAUGCAAACAGAACGGGUCUGAAAAUUUUUAUGAGUAUGUAAAAAGAAUGCAUAUAUUAUACAAAGCUACAGGGCUAGAUAAUGACGAGUUAUUUGUAAAUGUUGUUUCCUGA